UCCACUUUAAAACGUCAAAUUUUCUCGUGAAUCUCUAGCUAAUUUUCAACACAAUUUUAUUCAGUGAAAAUGUUCAGGAUUUCCAGAAAAUACACACAAAACAUAAAGCUAAUAAGGGAGGCGCAUACCUACUACGAUGUUCUAAGGCUCAAGCCCAAUUGCACGCAGAAAGAAAUCCGGGAAUCCUUCAUAAAACUGUCCAAAGAACAUCAUCCAGACGCCAAUCUGACGCUGGAGAGCACGAGGAAAUUUCAGAAGAUUCUCGAGGCUUAUCAGGUCCUGGGAAAGGCUGAUACCCGAGGAAGCUAUGAUGCAGAACUAAGAAUGACUACUCCACAUUCCACCACAGCCCCUCACUCCUUCUACAGGGACUUUAACACGCCAGAUGCUCCAGGAGCAACUAGGACCAAUGAGGACUACUAUGGACUUAAAGGUGUGAAGAAGGUAUCGAAUUAUGUAAUUGUGGUGCUAUGUUUGAUAUUUGCGGGAAUUGGAGUGGCUCUCCAGAUUCUGGCAAUUCGAUCUUCAAUGACUUUCAAGAGGGAGAAAUUGGAUCUUCAAUCCACAGAAACUAGUCAUCAACAUGCUCAGGUGAAAGAUGAUGCUUCUAAGUACGGCAAUGAGUUGCAGCUCAAACGCUUGAGGGAUAAACUGAAGGAAUGAGUGACGCAAUUGAUAUUAAAUUUAAUUAGACUGAAUAAAUUAUUUUUGUAGAAACAGGAUAAAAA